CAGACGGAUUGAAGGCGGCGAGGACGGGGUCCUGGAGCAAUGGCUUUCCCUGAGCCGAAGCCGCGGGGCCCGGAGCUGCCGCAGAAGCGGCUGAAGACGCUGGACUGCGGGCAGGGGGCGGUGCGAGCCGUGCGGUUCAAUGUGGAUGGCAACUACUGCCUGACGUGCGGCAGCGACAAGACGCUGAAGCUGUGGAACCCGCUGCGGGGCACGCUGCUGCGGACCUACAGCGGCCACGGCUACGAGGUGCUGGACGCGGCCGGCUCCUUUGACAACAGCAGUCUCUGCUCCGGCGGCGGGGACAAGGCGGUGGUGCUGUGGGAUGUGGCGUCGGGGCAGGUCGUGCGCAAGUUCCGGGGCCACGCGGGGAAGGUGAACACGGUGCAGUUUAAUGAAGAGGCCACGGUGAUCCUGUCCGGUGAGUCUGAGGCCAAGGCAGGGGGUCCCGAGGUGCCGCCCCUGCCCCCCAAAUCCGACCUCCCCUUCCUGCCGGCCCCCCCAGGCUCUAUCGAUUCCAGCAUCCGCUGCUGGGACUGCCGCUCUCGGAGGCCUGAGCCAGUGCAGACGCUGGACGAAGCCAGGGACGGCGUCUCCAGCGUGAAGGUGUCGGACCACGAGGUCCUGGCGGGCUCAGUGGAUGGCCGGGUGAGGCGCUAUGACCUGAGGAAGGGGCAGCUCUUCUCAGACUACGUGGGCAGCCCCAUCACCUGCACCUGCUUCAGCCGGGACGGCCAGUGCACCCUGGUGUCCAGCCUGGACUCCACAUUGCGGCUUCUAGACAAAGACACGGGGGAGCUGCUGGGCGAGUACACGGGCCAUAAGAACCGGGAAUACAAGCUGGACUGCUGCCUGAGUGAGCGCGACACGCAUGUGGUCAGCUGCUCAGAGGACGGGAAGGUGUUCUUCUGGGACCUGGUGGAGGGUGCCCUGGCGCUGGCCCUGCCUGUGGGCCCAGGCGUGGUCCAGUCACUGGCCUACCACCCCACGGAGCCCUGCCUGCUGACCGCCAUGGGGGGCAGCGUCCAGUGCUGGCGGGAAGAGGCCUAUGAGGCCGAGGAUGGCCCAGGCUGAAGCCAGGGACCCGCCCUGACCGCGGAGAUAGACACAGACUCAGGAGAACCGCUGAGCCCAUUUAUUCUAGACACUUCAGACCAAGGAGUGGGGGAGGGGCUGGGGCUGCAAACUAAUAAAUAGACUGGGGGGGCCUCCCUGGCACAGCAA